CCAAACCUCUAUAAGCUAAUUGAUUCCUUGGAUCAAAAUGAAUUAAUAAACAUACAAGAUUAUAUUGAUUCGAUCAGUCCCCAAUGGCAAAGUGUUAUUGAAAAAAAGUUCAAUACAAUAAUCAAUAAAAUAAAAAGUUUGCCAGAUAAUGAGAUCCUAAAAAUUGAAAGUCUGAUAAACAUCAUGACAUACUCUAAAGACAAAGUUAAGGGCGAAAUAAUAUUACCUUACCUACAAAAAAAAGCAAUUGAGUUCUUAGAGA